UGUCUGAGCAACUGAAAUUCUUAACCGAAAAGAGAUCCCUGGGACACGUGUCGUCCAUCUGUACACUUGGGCAACCACAAAAAUGGCGUUUCCUUGGUCAAUGAUAUUGAAAGAUUGGCGAUCAAGAAACCAAUUUCCCUUUCCUUAAAUCCACACUCCAGAAAUGCACCGUUUACAAAAAGGUUGAAUCUUCCACCCUGCACCACCGCUUGUACAUACACUUGCUUAUAUCCUGUACAUACGACACUUUCUCACUCUCUCUCUCUCUUCAAUCGUAGCCGAUUAUUAAUUUGUUCAAAUCAAUUGAUCGAGAAAUGGCUCCCCCGCUCUCGUCCGACGAGUUUGGGGUCCAAACCCUAACCCUAAUUCCGGGCCUCCCAAACGACGUCGGAGCGUUGAUUCUCGCAUUCGUUCCUUACUGUCACCACGCGCGCCUCAAAGUUACCUGCAAAUCGUGGAGGCGAUUCUUCUCCUCGAAAGCCCUAAUUUCCCUCCGCCAGAAUUACGUGGUGGCACCGAAAUUGCUCUGUAUUUUCCCGCAGGAUCCUUCAAUUUCGCCGCCGUAUCUGUUCGACCCGAAGAAUAUGUGGUGGUGCCCGCUUCCGCUGAUGCCCUGCAACCCGCACGUGUAUGGGCUGACGAAUUUCAUCUCCGUCGCGGUGGGGCCCCACCUCUACGUCCUCGGCGGGUCCCUCUUCGACACCCGGUCGUUCCCCCUGGAUCGGCCAUCGCCGUCUUCCUCGGUGUAUCGUUUUGAUUUCGCGGCCUUGUCUUGGGAAUCGGUGUCCCCAAUGAUCACGCCUCGGGGCAGUUUCGCGUGCGCGGCGGUGCCUGAGCGCGGGAAGAUAUUGGUGGCCGGGGGCGGGUCCCGGCACACGAUGUUUGGGGCGGCUGGGAGUAGGAUGAGCUCGGUGGAGAUGUAUGAUAUAGGGAAUGACGAGUGGGUGGCGUUGGAUGGCUUGCCCAGGUUCCGAGCUGGGUGUGUUGGGUUUUACAUUGGGAGGGAGUUUUGGGUGAUGGGAGGAUACGGGGAGUCGAGGACGGUGCUGGGUGUAUUUCCGGUGGAUGAGUAUUAUAGGGAUACGGUGGUGAUGGAGGUGACGAAUGGCGGGAAGUGGAGGGAGCUUGGAGAUAUGUGGGAGGAAGGGGAAAGGAGGAGGCUGGGGAAGAUUGUUGUGGCUCAAGGGGAAAUAUUCAUGCUUGACAGAGGUGAAAUAUUCAGGUAUGAUAAGAGUUCGAAUCGUUGGGGAAAGGAGACUUGUGUGCCAAAGAAGGUGAGUGAUGAUGCAUCAGUUGGGUUUGUUGGGUUAGAGGAGGAGCUCUACUUGCUCACCCUUUUGAAUGCGAGUGCGAGUGAGCCGACAACAACAGCGACAAGAUCACGGCAGCACAAGAGGUCAUCAACGCUGUUAAUGCAGAUAUAUAAUCCUGGGCAGAGUAGAUGGAGGUCAGUUAUUGUAAAGCCACCUUUUCAUCAGUCCUUAGAUUUUAGAACAACUGUAAUGUGCCCCAUCCGAUUGUAGAUCUUUCUUCUCAUUGGGAAUACUUAUGAUCAUUGUUUGUUGCAAUAAAUCCCAAUCUGAUCAUCA